AUGCCGAGGAAGCCGACAAGAAGGGAAGAGUCGUUUACCGGGCCGCACACCCUUGCCCAAGUCAUGGUUUGGGCAGGGGUGUGUGCCUCGGGGAAGACGCCGUUGAUAUUCGUCGACCCCGGCGUCAAAAUCAACAAAGAUUACAGCCUGAACGAUUCUGGAAGAUGCUCUACUCCCGUGGGCGAAUUCCCACUUCAACGGCCGCCCCAAGAUUCGGCGCCCGCCCACAAGGCCAAGGUCGUCCAAGCGUGGUGCAAGAGCGAACUCCCCGACUUCAUCUCGGCAGAAGAAUGGCCGGCAUCGUCACCGGAUUUGAACCCACUGGACUAUAACUUGUGGUCCUACCUUGAGAGCAAGGCCUGCGCCACUCCCCACCCCAAUUUGGAUUCUCUGAAGGCAGCGCUCAUCCGAGAAUGGGACGAAAUCGACGACGCACUCCUGCGUCCGGUCAUCGACGCCUUUCCCAAGCGACUCCGCGCUGUCGUCCGUGCCAAAAAAGGUGGCCGAAUCGAGAAGGAGGAUGCUCGCGCUAAAGAUCAGGAGCAACAGAUGCGUGAAGCUGCCUGGAUGGAGCGACUCAUGGAUACAGACGCAAUGAGACUUAGCGGGACGGAAGACAGCUCUGCUACAUUUCAAAAAGGUAGACCCUGUAGAAGAUGUUUCGAGCGCUCUGCUAUCUUCUAA